AACCAUAACGAACGCAUAAACAAAGACACCAACGUAUCCCAAUUUCCAAACGCGUACUCAGCAGAAAAUUCCUGCCCCCUUUCCUGCAAUCCAAAUCUAGAACCGAUCCCACAAACAAAAUCCCUAAGAAAAGUAGUUCCGAUCGCCUCAAUUUCUAACGCCAAAUCAAAACUCACCGGCUCCGAAGCCUCUUCCGAUGAACCUAUCAGAAUUCUAGGGUUCGUUUUGUUUUCAACAAAGAUUUUGCUGUUCUAUUUGGGCGAGAUAACUUUUUGCUUAUGCGAUUUGUGGUGGGUGAAAGAUGUACAGCAACUUCAAGGAGCAGGCGAUAGAGUUUGUGAAGCAGGCCGUGCAGGAAGACAAUGCGGGGAACUACGCCAAGGCGUUCCCGCUGUACAUGAACGCCUUGGAGUACUUCAAGACGCACCUCAAGUACGAGAAGAACCCCAAGAUCAAGGAGGCCAUCACGCAGAAGUUCACCGAGUACUUGCGCCGGGCCGAGGAGAUCCGGGCUGUGCUCGACGACGGCGGGCCCGGCCCGGCCUCCAACGGCGGCGAAGGGGCGGUGGUGGCCAGGCCCAAGACGAAGCCCAAGGACGGCGAGGGUGGUGGAGACGGAGAGGACCCUGAGCAGACCAAGCUCAGGUCCGGCUUGAACUCCGCGAUUGUGAGGGAGAAGCCCAACGUCAAGUGGAGCGAAGUCGCGGGCCUUGAGAGCGCCAAGCAGGCGCUCCAGGAGGCGGUUAUACUGCCCGUCAAGUUCCCGCAGUUCUUUACCGGCAAGAGACGACCAUGGAGGGCUUUUCUAUUGUAUGGGCCACCUGGAACUGGAAAGUCAUACUUGGCCAAGGCUGUUGCAACUGAAGCAGACUCUACCUUUUUCAGUAUUUCUUCAUCGGACCUGGUCUCUAAGUGGAUGGGUGAAAGUGAAAAGUUAGUUUCAAACCUUUUCCAAAUGGCUCGUGAAAGUGCUCCUUCCAUCAUCUUCAUUGAUGAAAUAGAUUCAUUAUGUGGUCAGCGUGGUGAAGGCAAUGAGAGUGAAGCUUCUAGGCGUAUCAAGACAGAACUUCUUGUGCAGAUGCAGGGUGUAGGACACAAUGACGAGAAAGUUCUCGUUCUUGCAGCUACAAAUACCCCCUAUGCUCUAGACCAGGCCAUUCGACGGCGUUUUGACAAACGCAUAUACAUUCCUCUACCAGAUUUGAAGGCACGGCAGCAUAUGUUCAAAGUGCAUCUAGGGGAUACUCCUCACAAUUUAACUGAAAGUGAUUUUGAAAGUUUGGCUCGCAGGACAGAAGGCUUUUCAGGUUCAGAUGUUGCUGUUUGUGUAAAGGAUGUCCUAUUUGAACCUGUUCGUAAAACACAAGACGCUAUGUACUUUGUUAAGACUUCUAAUAAUAUGUGGAUGCCAUGUGGACCAAAACAGCAAGGUGCUGUCCAAAUUUCCAUGCAGGAGCUGGCAGCACAAGGACUUGCUUCACAGAUCCUUCCACCCCCUAUCACAAACACAGAUUUUGACAAGGUGGUUGCAAGGCAGAGGCCUACUGUGAGUAAAUCUGACCUUGAAAUUCAGGAGAGAUUCACAAAAGAGUUUGGAGAGGAGGGUUGAGGAAUUUGAUAAAAUUUCGCGCCAUUGAUCCACACUAGUUGUGAGUACAUUGGUAUGAUUUGUAUUUUAUUUAUCAGUGCUGGCUUCCAGUGAAUUAUAUCCUUUUUCUUUAGACGACAUGGGGAAGGUGACUUGACUUCCCCAUCUCUGUAUUCAGAUGAUGUUAAUACUGAGGUUUAUGAAAUUGCUUGUUCCAAUUGUGUAAAGAA